AUGAUUAUUCCUGUUCGCUGUUUCUCGUGCGGAAAGGUCACCGGCGAUCUCUGGGAGCGCUACCUGAAGCUCAUCGACGACGGUAUUACUGAUGGCGACGCGAUGGAUCAGUUGGGCCUCAAGCGUUAUUGCUGUCGUCGCAUGGUCAUGACCCACGUCGACCUUAUCGAGAAGCUCCUAAAAUACACUCCUGAUGGUCGCAACGAGAAGAAGAUGUCCUUGAACCCGUAA